CGGCGAUAUCAGAUCAUCCGUUCGCCCAGGGCGCCAAACAGGCUAGGACCGCCACUGAGUGUGUGAAAGUGCUUGGCACAAAUCCUGCCCUUAACUUCAAAGUGUGAACUACUGACAUUUUGGUUUCACUAAGCAUAACUCCUGAUAAUAUUCGUAUCAAAUCUUCUUUCUCUAAAAAAAUGUUUUUCUGUCUUUCUGCUCCUGGCUUCAGCAAAUAUUGAUGUCCCCAAAAUACCCCAAAGAUAAACUUGUUUAUAAGAGACUUGCCAACCUGUUUGGUCAAAGGCUCUUAGGCAAUGGCCUGGUAACAGCACGGGAUCAUGAGCAGUGGUACAAACAGCGCCGGAUCAUGGACCCUGCGUUCAGCAGCCUGUAUCUGAGAGGUCUGAUGGGAACCUUCAAUGAGAGGGCAGAGAAACUGAUGGAUAAACUUGCAGAUGUUGCCGACAGUAAAACAGAAGCUAAUAUGCUCCAGCUUGUCAACUAUGUUACCCUGGAUGUUAUUACUAAGGUUGCUUUCGGGGUGGACUUGGACCUGCUGAAGAACACUUCACAGUUCCCUAAAGCCAUUGAGACAUGUUUGAAAGGGAUGGCUCACUACAUUAGAGACAACUUUUUCGAGUUUAAUCCAAAGAACAGAGGAUACAUUAAUGAGGUGAGGGAAGCGUGCCGCCUGCUGCGCAAAACUGGAUCUCAGUGGAUCGCUGAGAGAAAGGCCGCCAUUGAAAACGGUGACGAGGUCCCCAAGGACAUCCUGACACAAAUCAUCAAAACUGCCAACCAAGAGGAAAUCAUGACUGAAGAAGAUGAGGAGUUUAUGCUGGACAAUUUCGUGACAUUCUUCAUUGCCGGCCAAGAAACAACAGCCAAUCAGCUGGCUUUUUGCAUCAUGGAACUUGGAAGACAUCCUGAUAUACUGGAAAAAGCGAAGAACGAGGUGGACGAUGUUAUUGGGAUGAAACGUGAAAUAAGCUACGAUGACCUGGGCAAGUUGGUCUACCUGUCACAGGUGCUAAAAGAGACUCUGAGAAUUUAUCCCGUAACUCCGGCCACAUCUCGUGAUAUUGCUGAAGACAUGGUGAUUGAUGGUGUCCACAUACCUGGAGGAUUUGUUGCUGUAUUCAACUCCUAUGUAAGUGGGAGACUGGAGAGAUUCUUCAAGGAUCCACUGAGAUUUGAUCCAGACAGAUUUCACCCAGAUGCUCCCAAGCCUUAUUACUGCUACUACCCCUUUGCCCUCGGUCCUCGCUCGUGUCUGGGACAGAACUUUGCUCAGAUGGAGGCUAAAGUGGUGAUGGCCAAACUGCUCCAGAGGUUUGACUUCACUCUUGUGCCGGGACAGACCUUUGACAUCCUGGAUGCUGGAAUGCUCAGACCAAAGAGUGGAGUAAUUUGCUCUUUCGCUCACAGGGAAUAAAAAGAAUAAAUGGCCAUAAAGCACCAAUACAUUAGAAGAGGUCACAGUAGUCUAUAGAGUCAAAUUGGGCUUUUAUUCAUAUCUAAAACUGUCACUUAAAAAAGAAGAAGAAAACCUUGUAAUGAAAACAACAGGUAUGUUUGGAGGCAGAGAGAGAGAGAAGGUAGGAGUGUGGAGGUGAAGGAAGCAGGAAAAAGAAGAGGAAGAAAUCCUUUCUGAUGCAACACCAAAAGGAGUUGUGUGUCUGUGCGAAUGACCAGAUUUUUUGCUUGAUAGGCAAAUGUGUUAACCACUACACUUCAGAGCCACCCAUUACAAUAGUCAGUAUAUAGAAACAUUUUUGAGGGGCGCUGGUCUCUAAGGUAAUGCCAUUUGUUACUUUUAUACACUGCUGAUAUAUAUAUAUUUUAGUUUAUAUUAUAUAGUUGCUUUUUCAUAGCCAUUGAACCACAGAAGCUUUAGUGUCUGUAACACUAAUUUAAGCACAGGUUUUAUGUAAAUCAAAAUAAAACUGAAACUUUAAUGUU